GCUUGGACUAUAGCGGCCCUUCUCGGGAGUUUUUUUUCCUACUCUCUCAAGAGCUCUUCAAUCCUUACUAUGGUUUGUUUGAGUAUUCGGCAAAUGAUACCUACACUGUACAAAUAAGUCCCAUGUCUGCAUUUGUUGAAAACCAUCUUGAGUGGUAAGUCGUAAUAUUUUAUUACUUACAAUAUCAUGUUCUUUCAAAGCAGUCUGCGUAAGGAUGUCCUUGUUUAUGUUCUUUGGGAUCGGUACAUAGAAUACUAAAGAGCCAUCACACGGCACAAGCCAACUGUACUGUCAGAGAUUUUAAAAAAACAUUUGUGAAAAUAAAAUAAUUUUUCAAGGGGUUUACUCAAUGAAUCCUCAACAUACCAGAACCAAAGGAACGCCAUGGUCAACGUAAUACUAAAGUUUCAAGCUUUAUUGACAUACACAAUGCGCUACUGACAUACACAAAGCAUCACAGGGCAGCACAGAAAACCUCCUACUUGACAUAGAUGCCAAUCAAUAUUACAUUUAAAGUGCCUUCUUUGAUUAAAGAAACAGUGAGCGUUCCAGUGAAGAUUUCCACGUGAAAAAUGCCUCUCAAUGUUUUAUUUUUUAUUUGUUUUGGUUUUAUCAGCAGUACAAGUAACUAUUAAAAAUUGUGCUUCUUAAUGUGGCACUGGUCCCUAACAAAGAUAUGUGAGUGGAAUUCAACAAGAGCCCUGUUUAAAUGGCCAUAUGUGAAGCAUAGCCUUUUUAUUCCCCAUAUUACCCAAGUCACCUGAUUUGUUGUUUUUGCUAAUUAAUACAGCAUGUCAGUGGAUUAUUUGUCUAACUCAAACACUUCCCAGAUUUAUUACUCCAAACGUCAAGUGUCAUCAUCUCUUUGUGACAGGAAUUACAGUACAUACGCAGUAAACCAGAGUUCAAGGAAUGGGAUGGUGGUUAAAGCCCUAAUACCAAGUAUUUUCACAAUAUCUGGCAAGCCAGGUUGUUCUUUUAUAAUUAGUACUUUGUGUUUCCACUGUUGGCUGAGAUUUACUAACAUUCUUUAUUGAACAUCAUACUAGUUGCAUAUAUCUUUAUUAUCGAAGCAGCAUUUUAUUUCUUAUGGUAAAUCACAAAACAGAAAACAGAAGUUAACUGGCACUUUUUCACCUCAACCCUAAAUUUUAUCUUUUUAAGCCAUAAAAAAAUGUAAUCUCAAAGUAGGGAAAGGAAUUCAUGAAAGCAAAAAGUAAUUUCCAUCUGUGGAAACUGUGGAGGCUACUAACUAGCACAUAGUGGCCUUAACAAAAUGCCUUUACCCUUCAUCCAUCACUUGUGCUCUGCAGAGAAGAAUAAAAUGUAUUGUUAAUGGUCAGGAAAGUGUACAGGGAAACAGCACUUUCUGGGUGUCCUCAAACUCGUAUGGUGGUAGGUCAAUAAUUUUCUGGAGCUUAUGUUCAGCUCCAGAUAUAUACGCCUAGGCGGUAUGAUCCCCGCCUGAGAAUGUCGCUCAGCUUGGUUCCUUGUAGAUGGUAGGUCAGGAGCCAGUUAAAUUGUUGAGUGUUCAUGGGUAUUUCCCUCCAAAUUGCAGUGUCACAGAAAUUCACCAAUUACAUAGAAUGAGAAUAAAAACAGGAAAAUGGUGCUCUCUGUUUUGCUGUUAUAAAAGCAAAGUAAAAGGAAAUGUUUUUUGCUCAAUACUGUGUUGCAUGGGUGGUUUCCUCCCCACCAAGGAGAUAAAACGUGUGGCUCCUCCAGACAAAAUCUUCAGGGAUAAAAUCACGAAAGUCCAUGUAAGGUAACAAACUAGUUUUAUUUAAAACAAAGAUAAUAAAACCAAUGACAUAAAACACUAACACGUUUCACCCAAAGGGACAUUUUCAAAGUGUUACUGUUCAUGUGGACUUGUUUCAAUAGCCUACACAAUUAAGAAUGAGAGGGUCAGGUGGUGCCACAGGUCAUGUGUCUUACAGGUAGUCAGCUACAAACAAUUUACAAUUUAAAAAUACAUGGUACUAUAAAGCAGUGAAGGGUAUUAUGACAUUGCAAUUAUGCAGUUAGAAAAUGGAUACAUUUUAAAGUAAAAUAUAUCAAAAAGAAUUGGAGGGGGAAAAAAAGUGGAUGUCAGUGUUGUGGAGGAAUCUCCAAAUUGAUACUCACCCAAGCGAGACAAAUCCAAACCAAGAUGGCGGACGCCACAGUGCCUGUGACACGUGUCCCAGCCCUAAGCCACGCAGCAGACUCCACAGCUCCCUUAUGCAACAUCUCACCUAGACUGGAUGCAACCUUUCCCUGCUUCUAGGUCAUGCUGGAGAAGAGGAUAAAACCGACACACACCGACACGAUCCAGGUAGGGGAUGAAGGGCAUUCCUGCUGAGGGAGGCCUGAGGGUUCCGCUGUGCACCAUGCUACUAUGCCGCCAGCUGCCUUUUCCCACCCGGAGACUCACCCUGCUGCAAAAGCCACGACACCGGCAAACAGCACGGUAUCGGAGACGUAGAACUAUGUAGACUGCAUGCUCUCUCCCGGAUGGGAAGAUGGAGCUCUGCCAGCAAGUGUCACCAAGAGGCAUGCUCUUCUCCUGGUCUGGGACUGGGAAGUAGAAGCUCACCUGCGGCACAGCAGUGGCAAUCAACCAAGCAGACUGCACGAACAUGCGAAACUCCUACCCAGCCUGGACAUAGGAUGACCGCCAUGUGUUCCCCCUCAGGCGCUGUUCAGAUGUACAUUGUGCCCUCCUUACCUCUGGCACUGUAAGCCUGCUCUGACAGAGCUUACACUACUUAACUCCUCAUGUUUAACACAGCUCCUGUAUAAUUUUUCUCCACACCAUGACAACAUACCUUAUCUAAUGCUAGCUUUCUCACUCAUUCUCCUGUACUUUCUCUGUUCUUAAGUUCAGAUCUAUGUCUCAGCCUGUUUCCUAAAAAUAUAAAAAUGUUCAACUUCUUCUUAUGCCGUAACACUGUAUAUGUCUCUGAGUUUGCAAUAAGCUUGUCAUUGCUGUUGUUGCAUCACAAGCCUGUAUGUCUUCCCUUGCACUAUGAAAAUAAAGAAUAAAAAAAAAUUAGCCAUUUUCUAACUGCACGCUUGCAAUGUCAUAAUCCCCUUCACUGCUUUAUAGUAAAAUGUAUUUUCAAAUUGUAAAAUUGUUUGUAGCUGACUACCUGUAAGUAAUAUGACCCUCUUAUUCUUAAUUCUGUAUGCUAUUUAAACAAGACAGAUCCUCAUGUACUGUAACACUUUUUUUUUUUUUUAAAAAGCCCCUUUGGGUAAUAUGCGUUAGUGUUUUUAUGUAAUUGGUUUUAUUAUCAUUGUUUUAAAUAAAACUCAUUUUUUACCUUACCUGGACCUUCCUGAUUUUAUCCCUGAAUAUUUUAUCCGGAGGAGACGCGUUUUAUCUCCUCGUUGGGGAGGAAACCAGCUACUCUACACAGGAUUAAGAAAAAAACUAAUUUUUGCUCUCCUUUUCUAAGUAUACCUCUUUUUAUUUUGCUUUACAACAAAACAGAGAGUAUUAUUUUUCGGUUUUUAUUCUCAUUUUAUGUAAUUGGUGAAUAUCUGUGACACUGCAAUUUGGAGGGAAAUACCCAUGAACACGCAACAUUUUAACUUGCCCUUGACCCUGACCUGCCAUCUACAAGAAACCAAGCUGAGCGACAUAUCCACAGGCGGGGAUCACACCGCCCAGUCACAUAUAUCUGGAGCUUAACAUAAGCUCUAGAAAAUUAUUGACUCCCUGUAGUGGACCACGGGUAACCCGGCUGGUUACCUUUGCUAUUACCUUCCUUCAGCCACUCUGGAACCCUUAAAAAACAAGCAGGCAUCCAUUUCCCCCAGUAACUGGACGACACACAGUUCUGGAGUCAACUGAGGUUUAUUUGGUCACACAUGGUUUCCUAGGCACCGAUCCCUACAUGGGGUCUCCAACACAAUACAACAGGGGUUUCAAUCCCAAGAUCCCAAUGGGAGAUUGAGGAGGGACAAAGCAGCUAGUUUAAACUGGUCUGGCAGUGUCUUUUGGACAACACCCUGCUAGGACAGGAAAAGGAAGGGGGAGAGGCACAGACAAGCAAUAAAUUCAUAAAAGGAAGGGGGAGAGGCACAGACAAGUAAUACAUUCAACCUACCCUGCACCAAUAAUGGACACAGGGUGUCCAAAAUACAAAGGGAAUCUGGGGGAAAUAUACGAAUAAGAGUGACGGCGCUCCGUCACACAUCUCCCCUUUGUCUACCUCCGACAGCCACAGCAUUAUCCACAUGUGUCAGCUGUCUUGACUGGAUACAUAGUCUGUUAGUGCCAUGCCCGCAACAGCACUUGUCCUCAACCAGCCCCUAAAGUCCUUGGGUCUGGAUGGCGUUGCACCCUGCACCCUCCUAGAUACAGGGUGACUUAAACAUAAAGCGCCUUUAGCCCGCGAGGCUGUGCAACCCAGGCUCUGAUACACAUGAGUCUCUGAGCCCGUAAAACCCCCCACCAAAACAAGCCAUUCCAUCAACUGUGUCUCUGCAGUUUUUACGGUUGGCUGAGGCUGAUGGCCGUAGGUUGUGGAGUCCGUCGGGGCCCUGCUUCCUGUUUAUCACUGGGGUUGUGGCUGGCUUCUCGAGAGGAGAGCCGGCUGUGCUCUUCUCUUAGGGCUGCUUGGAUACUGGGAAGGGAGCGAGUAAUACUCCAUCUCCCCUGGAUCUCACUCCUCUGCUGGGGAGCGGUGCAGGUGGCACCUGCUCCCGGGGAUCACCACUCAGGUAGGUAGAGGCCGUUUGCCCUCUGCCCGGAGGCUCGCACCUCUACUGCCAUCAAGGGAAGGGGAGAGCAGAGCCUGGCUGCACUCUGCUCUGAUGCAGGGGCAUCCUUAAGGGCAGGGGUAGCGGCAGCCAUAGUCUCGCCUGCUACCUGCUGACCAGACCAUAACAGGUCGCUGGGGUCAGCCUCAGGAACUUGUGGACAGAGACCAGUGGUGCUCUGCCCUGAUGCCAGCUCUUGCGCUGGGUUUGCACUCUGCCGCUGGAGAGGAAGACCGAUUGUCUCCGCUCCUGGUAAUUCAGCUGCCGCUGGGUAGGGAGACCGGUUGUUUCACCUCCCUGGAACACAAUCUCUCACUGGGGAUAGAGACCGGUUGUCUCCUCUAUCUGCAUGAUACACUGCCGCUGGGGAGAGAGACUGACUGUCUCUUUUCCUGGACCCCACACUGCCACUGGGGAGAGAGACCGGCUAGUUCUUCUCCCAGGACCCCACACUGCCGCUGGGAAAGAAUGAUGACAUGCUUCUCUCCCGAGACUGCACACUGCCGCUGGGGAACAAGACCGACUGUCUCUUCUCCCUGGAAUCCACACUGCCACUGGGGAGAGAGACCGGUUGCCUCCUCUCCCUGUAACACACUCUGCCGCUGGGAAGAGAGACCGACUGUCUCUACUCCCUGGCCCCCACACUGCCACUGGGGAGGAAGGAUGACACGCUUCUCUCCCUGGCCUGCAUACUGCCACUGAGGAGUGAGACUGACCGUCUCUUCUCCCUGGACCCCACACUGCCGCUGGGCUCCCCCCAAACGUGCCAACUCACUUGCCAGCUCUGCUUUCUGCUGCAGGUACUCGGCCACUAGGUUCCUUGUAUGCUGUAUGCUUCUUCCAUUAAUGAAUGCUGGUUCUGUUUGCCACCAAUAAUGGGCACAGGGUGACCAAAAUACAAAAGGAAUCUGGGGAAAAUAUACAAAUAAGUGACAGCGUUCCGUCACACUGAAAACCAUGCGAGUUUGAGGACACCCAGAAGGCGCUGCUUCCUGGUACCCUUUUCUGACCUAUACCUCGGUCAGAGAUAAGAGACUCUGGUUUGAGAAGUACCAGCUACCAUACCCGAAUCUAACAAGCGCUAGGAACCUCACCAUCAAAUGUAUAUGUAUUGAUAAAAAGUUAGGGGGUCCCCUAUUCCCUCUUUACAACGAAUGAGGGGUGUCCAGUUUCAAAGUCCCUUCAAAGCUUCUCUACUACUUGACCUGGGUAAAACCAGACCCCUGGUCUAAGUGGAUAAUUAUAUCCCCUUUUGAGUCAGUGUGGCCAAAGGUUUGCAAACUCUGGUCUACCACUCUAUUCAGGCCAAAAGAGUUAAAUAAAAUGUAAAUGUUAUUUGUUUUACAUUAUAACACUACACAUUGGCUGGAAGUCAAAGUAUGGAGAGCAUCCCUAGAUGCAGAAGUAUUUAAAUGUACUUGGCAGGUCCUAACCAUGCUCUGAUGCACUGCGAUUGCUUAUUAGAUUGCCAGUCAAACUGCAUCACUGAAGAAGCUAUGCUAUCACAAGGCUUGCCCAGUCAAUAACCAACAGGGUUUUUAUUACCCAUUACAGAGUUUAGCCUUAGUGAGGUGAAGUGGAUUUCUCUGCUGUUUCCUCGCCAGUUUUUGCCUAAUGCCAGGGAUUAAACCGAAACAUGCAGAUAUUAUGCUCUAUGUUAAAACAGUUCCGUUUUUUUCCUUUAAUACUAUGCAUACAUUCCUAAAAAAUUUUACUUGAAAAUUAUUAUUUUUAUCUAGGUUUCGGUUCAGUGGACGAAUUCUUGGCCUUGCCCUUAUCCACCAAUACCUCCUGGAUGCCUUCUUUACCAGACCUUUCUACAAAGCCCUUCUGAGGCUGUAAGUGGAUAUAAUACAACCUUUGAAUAUAUUAUACAUUUGUGACUAAAAUAUUAUUUUUUUUAAAACCCACAUUGACAAAAAAUUAUUUUAUUUUUCUUUGAAAUGUACCACCUAUGUAUAUAUUUACUUUUCCACUGCCUUCUGAUGGUGUGUCAAAUUAGAGAGUAAGAGAGUCUAUAACUUACAGUUACCUGGCAUGAUAUUUAGGUUGAAAUUAAAGGCCAUUCAAUUUCGUACAUACAUUGUGUUUGCAGAAAUACUAACAAAUGUAUAGAUUUUAUUUGAAACCUGUAAAAAUAUCGUACCUCUCCAGCCUGUCAAUCAGUCCUCGGUAUACAAGUUCAAGCAAAAGGUUUUCCUCUUGCUGUCUGUCACUUGGAUACUUUCCAGCAAGCAGUUUUCCUGGUUUUGCAGUUGGAGUAUAACACACUGGCAUUGAUGUGUCGGUGUCACCAGAGAGUAUUGACGUAACACCAAUAGAUCUCUGAAAAGUAAAAUUAUAACAGCUCCCAAAGCCAAUAAAUCUAAAAUGUAUCACUAGGAUAAAUUAUAGAUUGAUGAACUGUGGUGCUGUUAUAUGUUAAUAUAAAUAUGUCAUGACAGGUUCUCUUGAAGUGCUACAAGAUCUGUCUCACCUAUACCCGGUGUAUGAGUGCUUCUAGGAGAAAAUCAGAGAUGCAGUUGAUGUUUUCUGUUACAAAAAAAACAGUUUAAUCUGCACAAUUUAACAGUCUCAUUGUAUGUACCAAGCAUUCCUUAUAUUAAUUUCACUAGAUGGAUGAGCAGUUUAGAAUUACUGCAUCUUUGAAAUUCAUUCUUCACAUAAGAAAUCUCGCUCCAUUGUGGUCUGAGAUCAUCUUGAGUGUUGCAUCUAUAAUUCAGUUUUAUUAUAAAAAAUAAAGUAUUUUACUUCGUAAAAUGUUGAGAGUCCAUGGUUCAUUGAAUAUGGGAUAAAGCCUUUACCAAUCGGAGUUUGAAACAUCCAAAUGCAGUGCUACAGUACACUCCUCUCUCUCUAACCCCUCUGCUAAAAUCUUUGGUUCUGUUUCUUCCUCACAGAAGGAAGGCUAAUUCAUUAGAGCUUUGAGUGAAAUAAUGUUUUAUUUUUUUUAUUUUUUUUACAAGUCUAAAUUUUAGUAUAAGUUCCCUAGCGAGGACACCUGGUCCACCUGCUGAAAGCUAGGCUUGAGUUUCAGGAAAGGCAUAUCCUCUCAAUUAAAGACACCCAUUGACAACAAAAUUAUGUUUGCUUCAAUCUCCUCCGUUUGGAAGAGACUUUAUCCCAUAUGUCUCGUGUGUUCUGUCCAUUUCAAAGGAAAUAGAUUUGUCAGGUAAGAAAAAAAAAAAGGAUUUAAAAAAUUUUUUCUUUAGCAAGUGCAUUUUGUUAGAUGAGUAACAUUGAAAGAAAAAUACAAUUAAAAUAAAAUAAUUAAUGUAUGUGUUCUACAUUGUCAAACAAGUUUUAUAUCUAUAUAUUGAUAGUCCCUGUGACCUGAGUGACCUUGAAUACCUGGAUGAAGAGUUCCAUCAAAGCUUGCAGUGGAUGAAGGACAACGACAUCACUGAAAUCUUGGAUUUGACAUUCACAGUAAAUGAGGAAGUGUUUGGUCAGGUUAGUAUGAAUAGAUCAGUGGAUAGCAUGAAUUUUAUAAAUAUAUUUUACAUUACUUGACUUGGGUGAAUACAGAUGUGUAGAUCAUAGUGCUCCUAAAUAAAAAGAAAAGAUUCAAAGUGAGAAAUAAAGAAAAUUUUAAGUGAAUUUCAAUUUAAGGCCAGAAUAGCCAGUCUGAAAACACUAUACAAUCCUGUUCCAAAAAUGUUCAAAUAAUUUAUCAACAAAAAUUCCUGUAGACUUAAAUGGUGACUUCUGUAGAUGAAUUAUUUGAAAAGCCUUUGUAAAAAUAUUGAAUAAUUUGGAAAGUGUAUUAAAAUCAAGGCCUAUGUUGAUGAAACGAUCUAGGUUAGUGAGAAUGCAGUUAUCUGAAUUGUGUCUAUUUUAAUUUUUUAUUUCACUGGGUUACUGUCUGCCUGUUUUCAAACAGAGAUGUUGCAUUUAUUAUCCACUGGCUUGCAGCACUGAAAGAUACAUAGGUGUUAAAAAGGUAUCUAAAGUUGUAGAAUUGCUGAUGUCAUAGAAACCAGUGAAAACAGGUGCAUUACAUUAAUAACGUCAUCCAUUUUCAAUAUUAGCACUAUUUUUCAGGACAGACACGGUAUGUGCAUAACAACAUCCAUUCACAUGAACAUUGUUCCUAAGCACUUCCAAAUAAUUAGAGAUUCCCCUAUUUCUGUACCUUAUGUACACUGAGACAGUACAUAAGUAAAAGGGUCCAGCUAACCACCAUAACUACUACCUCCCAUUGUAGUGACUGUGGUGUAUUAGUCUGCAGGCGCUAUCCAUCGGUUCAGGGUUAAAGGGCAAUGGCAACAGCACUUUGUGUUUGCUGUUCUAAGUUCAUCAUUUAAAAAAGCUAAUUGAGUAUUAGAAAAUCCUUUUGCAAUUAUGUUAACAAGGCUGAAAACUGUUUUGCUGAUUAAAGAAACAAUAACACUGGCAUUCAUUACACAAGUUGAGUAUAUGUCGUAUCAGCAGUUGUGGGUUCCAUUACUGGCUGAACAUGGCCAGAAACAAAGAACUUAUGAAACUUAUUAGUCUAUUCUGGUUCUAAAAAAUGAAGGGUAUCCCAUGCAAGGAACUGCCAUGAAACUGAAGAUCUUGUACAACGCUGUGUCCUAGUCUCUUCACAGAACAGCACAAACUGGCUGUAAAAAGACUAGAAAGAGGAGUAGGAGACCACAGUGCACGACUGAGCAAACGGACAAAUACAUAAGAGUAUCUAGUUUGAGAAAUAGAUGCUUCACACGUUCUCAACUGGCAGCUUCAUUAAAUAGUACACGCAAAACACUAAUCUCAACAUCAACAGUGAUGAGGCGAUCUUGAGAUGCUGGCCUUCUAGGAAGAGUUGCAAAGAAAAAGCCAUAAUGGCCAGAAGAUUAAAGUUGGCAAAAGAGCACAAACACCGAACACAGGAAGAUUGAAAAUAAGUGUUAUGAACAGACAAAUCUAAAUGUGAGGUUUUGGGAUCACAAAGAAGAACAUUCAUGAGUCACAAAUCAUAUGAAAAGAUGCUGGAUGAGUGAUUUAUGAUUGAUUGCAUCUGUCAAGCAUGGUGGAGGUGGUGUGAUGGUGUGAUGGUGCGAUGGUGUGAUGGUGCAUUGGGGAUGGAAAAGUGUGAAGUUCAUACAGGGUAAAUGAGACCUUGCAGAAGGAAGACACACUUAAUUUUGUAACGCCAUGCCAUACCCUGUGGUUUGCGCUUGAUUGGACACCAUACAAAAUGACAAUGACCCCCAGCACAGCUUCAAACUAUGCAAGAACUAUUUAAAGAAAAAGCACUCAGCUGGUAUCCUGUCUUUAAUGGAGUGGCCAGCACAAUCCGCAGAUACCAUCCCUACUGAGCUGUUGUGGGAGUAUCGUGAUGGUAUGGUACAUAAAACGUGCCCAUCAAGCCUAUCCAUCAUGUGGGCGCUGCAUUAGGAAGCAUGGGAUGAAACCUCUUCAUGUUACCUCCCAAUUUGACAGUAGAAUGCCAAAGGACUGCAAGGCUGUAAUUGCUGCAUAUGGAAGAUUCUUUGAUGAAAGCAAAGUUUGAAGGGCACACUUAUUAAUUUACUUAAAGGACCUCUAUAGUCACCCAGACCACUUCAGCAUAAUGAAGUGGUCUGGGUGCCAGGUCCCCCAGGUUUUAACCCUGCAGCUGUAAACAUAGCAGUUUCAGAGAAACUGCUAUGUUUACAUUGCAGGGUUAAUCCAGCCUCUAGUGGCUGUCUUCCUGACAGCUGCUAGAGGCGCUUCCCGACGCUCAAUGCGAAAAUCACAUUGAGCACGCAGAACGUCCACUCGGGAGCUGACGUCGGAGGGGGAGGAGAGGUCACCAGCACCAAGGGAGCCCAGCGCUGGAUAAAGAUAAGUGGCUGAAGGGGUUUCAACCCCUUCAGCCCAGUGGGAGGGGGGCCCUGAGGGUGGGGGGAGGAACCUAAGGAUUAUAUAGUAUCAGAAAAACGAGUUUGUUUUCCUGACACUAUAGUGGUCCUUUUAAAUUCAUUAUUUCUAACCUUGUCAAUGACUAUAUUUCUAUAGUCUACAGUUCUAAUUGGGCUGUGGAGAGUCCCCUUAACCCCUUAAGGACACAUGACAUGUGUGACAUGUCAUGAUUCCCUUUUAUUCCAGAAGUUUGGUCCUUAAGGGGUUAAACGAUUUCUAAAGUACAUAGAAGCAUGUGUGUGUUUAUGUAAGCAUGCAACUCAUGAUCUUGCCAUUUUAGGGAAAUGUUCCAUUUAAGUAGGUUAACAAUUUUCAAAUGAUUAUCUGCUGGUAACAAUAAUUUAAUUUAAUAAAACAAGUCAUAAAUAGUAGUCUCCACUUUGGAUAACUUUGUUACUAGACUGAUAUAUUUAUAAUGGUGGUUCAAGUUUUUACCUUGUUUUUCCAUCAGGUCACAGAGAGAGAACUCAAGUCAGGGGGAGCAAACAUACAGGUGACAGAAAAAAACAAAAAAGAAUAUAUAGAGAAAAUGGUAAAAUGGAGAGUCGAGCGUGGUGUAGUUCAGCAAACAGAAGCGCUUGUACGAGGAUUUUAUGAGGUAAGUUAUUGGGCAGAACUUACUACAAUAAAAAAAAGUUUUUAAUAAAAUAUUAUAUAUUCAUCUUAUUUCCAUUACUUUAUAUGAACCAUAAAAGCUUUUGGAAUAUAAAAGCUAAUUAAGAGGGUUAAAACAAAAAUGAAUAUAUGUAAUCAAUCCUUGCCUACUGUGAACCAGUUGGGACGAGACAGCUUUCCAUAAGUCAUCAGGAGAUGGAUUUACAGACCAAACUUUAGACAGACUUCAAAAUCAAAUAAAUUGUUCUUCAAAUAUUGAAUCUCUUAAGAACCUUUCCCUGAGCAUGACCUGAGUGCACUCUCUGUACCCUUUAGUCUAUUUACUCUCUGAACAGCUCAGUGAUCACGUCCCUUUGAUAGAUUUGUAGCAUGUCUUUCGCACUGACAAGAAAUACCAGUAUUGGACAUUCUAUUAAAUGUCUUUUAGAAAUCAGAGGAUUUUUUGGUAUUUCAAUUAUAUUAUUUUCAGUAGGUGCAAUGUGUAAAAGAAUAUUUUUGUUUUGUUUUGUUUAUACAAAUAUUCCUUCUGCGGUAAAGUAUUACACUUUAUAAAUUUUUACAUUUUUCAAAGCAGAAAAGAAAAUGUAUCCAUAUAUUUCUAAACUUUUUGAGGGCGUUAUUGGUUCAUAAUAAAACCGUUAAUACACUAAAAUUGUAAAUAAAUUAGAAUUUCUCAAAUUAUAAUAAAUUGUUAUUUGGUUCUAUAUAUGAUGAUAUUGUUUUCUCUGCUGCUCCAUAAAUAAGACUGCAGGCAAUUGUUUUAGGGUAUUUAAAGGAACACUCAAAGCCCCAUACCCACUACAGAUCACUGUAGUGGUUAUAGUGCACUGAUGCCCCACAUUGUAAGCAGUAAAACUGUUUUAGAGCAUUUUCACUACAUACCCGCAGUCUUCAGCACUGCUACUAAAAUUGGAGAGCCAGAAGCUUCUAUGUAAGAGCUGCCUUUCGUUUUCCUGAGCUAUGCCCUGCAAUGUAGAUUAUUGCCUGAGAGUGUCAGCUGAUCACUCUCAGUCAAUAAGCUAAGCCAACAAUCAUUGAUGCAGGGCUUAGCUAAAGUAGAGAGCUUUAGACUCUCUAUCAGAAAUAGCUAGUGCAGGCAGUGGAGCCCUGCAGACCCAAGGUAAUAAGUCAAUCCAUUCUAAAACAAUUUGACUACUUACAGUUGGGUGUCUGUCUGGAAACACCUGGUACCAUAACCACUAUAGUGUGGUUUACUGACUGAAACUUUAAACAUAAUGAUUGUUGUAUGUACCCAUAUGAGCUGUCCAAGUGAAGUGUAUAAACAUUUGCUUUUUAGGUUGUAGAUUCCAGACUUGUGUCGGUGUACGAUGCCCGGGAAUUAGAACUAGUAAUUGCUGGAACUGCUGAGAUAGACCUGAUCGAUUGGCGCAAUAACACAGAAUACAGAGGAGGUAAAUUUUUCCUGAACAUCUAACAGUGUCAGUUAACUGUGAAUUGCAUUUGGUUUUUUGUACAGUGUCACUUCAUCCAUCAUACAAUAUAUGUUUUGAAAACAAGAAACCACUAUAAAGGAUGACAAUACUCAAGUGUAAAUCAAAAGUGUUGGAGAAUUCAAUUGAUACCCUAAGGCUCUGCAUGUCCUGGAUCCCAGGAGUUCUCCUAGUCCAGUGUUCUCAAACCCAGUCCUCAUGGCCCACCAACAGUCCAUGAUUAUGUAUUUCCCUGUUUUAUUCAAAUUGAUAUACUGACAAAACCUGGACUGUUCACGAGGACUGGGUUGGAGAACACUGUACAUAUUGUGUACUAUACAGGCAACAAACAAAUUAUUCUCCAGCACGCCAAACAUGAAUGAAGAGACAAAGAGUCGAAGACUGUGUUGCUCAUAGCUUUUUGUUUGCUUUGAAUAGACCAAUAAAUGAUUUCCAUGCAUUGUUUUCCAUUGGUGGACUUUUUUAAAGUGCCCAUUUGGAUGACCAGUGAUUCAUUUCUUUUUUUUUUUGUUUAGUUUUAAACAUGAUUGCCUAGUGAAAUAAGAUGGUCCAGAGUGUAUUAUGGUAUUAUGUGUGAAUAAUACCACAAGUGUACUAAUAGAGAAGCAAUAAAUCCUCUCUUUCUCCUAAGGAAUAAGUGUAAGAACACUGGGCUAUUGUAUGAUUAACUAUAUCUGUCACAUCAGUGCAACUGAAAAUAGGCACGCAUCUACAGAAUGGGCCAAAAUUCAGAGCAGGGUUUGAGGAGUCAAUUACCUUUUUUAUUAAUAAAGCAAUUUUAUAUAGAGAUAUUACACACAAUGAAUGCUUAACAUAUGGAGAUUUGUUUUACUAGGUACGGAAGAUGACAUAUUUUAAAUGAGCUCCAUUCGCCACCUCGCAAUGUCUGGCUCUUCAAUUGCAUUUAUCACAACAUGAUAAUAGUUAAUGUUUGAGACUCUAGCACUCGAAUUUCUGCACCAAUAUUUACCUUGAGGUGCUUGAGUGUACGCAGUUUGUUCACAUACACCGUCUUCUUCAGAUAUCCGCAAAUAGAGUAAUCGGGAGCUGAAAGGUGAGACGAAUGGGCAGCCAAUUCAUCUGGGAAUUUCUUGAAAUUAUCCACUUGACGAUAGAAAUUAUCCACUCGAGAGACAGUUGUCUUUGUUUUGAAAAUAAAAUUCCACUACUUUUACUUUACCUUUACUUUACAUGAUUAAUCUCCCAAGGCUCAUUUAUUAUAUGUACCAUCAACAACAAAAAUUUUUACCAAUUAACAAAUAAGAUAUUUACCAGUCAAAUACUAUUCUGAAUUUUGGCCAACAUGUACAAAAACAGAAUAUUUUGUAUUUAUUUUAUUAUUUGGUGAAAAUACAAAGCAGAAACAUUCCAAUCAAAUAUUUUUAAAGUUCUAGGUUCCCCCCAGCCAACUUAAUUGCAACAGCACUCUAUGCAAACAAAAGAAGCCAAAAUAACACUGUUUGUACACAAACUGCUUAUAGGCAUACACGAGGGGUGUGCUAGGUGUGCCCAAAAUGCUCUAAUGCUUACUCACUAUUUUUUUUACUCAGUUUUUGUUUCUCACCAUCUGAAUAAACAUGAAAUGUAUGAAAAUUGUGGGUACUGUUUGCUCUUGUGCACGUGUGCUAGUGUGAGUCUGUAUACAUGAAUUAGCGUGUUGCUAAUGUGUGAAUGGAUAAUUAUUUCUGUGUGGCUAAUUAUAGGUUUAUAACUGGCUAGUUUUGUAUAUUUACAUAAUCAUGUGUGUUAAUGUGGAUGGGAGGCUCUCGCUCGCUUUUGCUCAGAAUCCUACAAAUGCUAAGGUUGGCUGUAAUUGCUAUUAACUAACCUUGUUUUGUUUUUUUUUUCUUUAAGGUUACCACGAUGGGCACAUAGUUAUCCGGUGGUUUUGGGCUGCAGUGGAGCGGUUUAACAAUGAGCAGAGGUUACGACUCUUACAGUUUGUCACUGGGACAUCCAGUGUGCCAUAUGAAGGAUUUGCAGCUCUUCGAGGUAGCAAUGGACUGAGGCGCUUUUGUAUAGAGAAAUGGGGGAAAAUAACAUCUCUUCCAAGGUAAAAGAAAAACACUUUUUUUUUGCAUUUCCAUUGCUAGCUGAACACAUCUCUUUUUGAUAGCUAAACCUACUGUCGGGUAGAGGUUUUAGAGCUAAGAAAUGCUUAAGGUGCCAAUUAUGUUUUGCUUUUUGGCAGGACAUGUCAUCUAAUCCUCUUUAUGACAAUGGAACAAAUAUGACAGUAAACCACUGCCUCACUGCGCAAACAGUAUCUACUCACAAAUUGACUGUUUUGGCUCAUAUUCCCAAAUCCAUAGAUAACCAACCACCAAUGUUUGCUGCAUGAACCUCAAAAGCUAUAUUUGCUUACAUAGAAUUUUCAGGAAUUCAAACUGAAUUUAACAUUUUAGGCCAAUAAUUUUAAUUUCUCUUUUCUUUCACUUUAAAAUCCAGACAAAUACACUGUAGUGAGGGAACCUGGAGGUGUUUAGUUUUAAACAGAUGCAACUGUUAAAAUCUCAUUACUCUCCAUUAUUUUAUAUCAGUAUAAGACAAACUACAAAGUUCUUGUUUUAUAUCCACAGGGCACACACAUGCUUCAAUCGCUUGGAUCUUCCCCCAUAUUCAUCCUACUCCAUGCUACAUGAGAAGUUGUUAAUAGCUGUUGAGGAGACAAGUACCUUUGGACUUGAAUAAGCAGAUGCAAGAAUUUCUGGUAUUUUCCAGGGCUGAAGUUUCCAUCUUCCUUUCCCACAGACACAGGUUGUCGUUGUGGUCUAUUUUUCACCCGCCAUUUUGGUUAUUUACUUUUUUUCUUUUUGCGUUCUAGUUACAAAAGAACCUACUUAUAAACAUGCAUGGGGAACUGGUUCCCUCCAAGAUCCUAUAUUUGUGCUUUCCUCCUCAGAUUUCAGCAAUCCACAAUUCUGUAUGCAAUAUAAAAAAAAUAUCACAAAUGAACUCAAGGCUCUGUAUAUCUCUGCAUACCGCCGAAAUAAACAUACAGUACAGCUGCGUAUAGAACUGCAUAAAUCAGGGUGAUUUUUUUUUAGUUCUAUCUCACAAAGAAAAAGAGAAUUCUGCAACAUAAUGUCAGAUGAUGUUGGACUUUCCCGCCAAAUUGUUUCAUGCUUCCUUUGUGUUCUCUGUAAGGAAACUGUUCCCUUUCUUAAUGCUGAUUACAAAAUAAAAAUAAGCUUAUAGCACAGAGAGAAUAUAUUUUGAAAGGUCCCUAUUAUACAAAGCAAAUUAUCUCAAUUUAUCAAAAUAAGUGAACACCAUAAUCUUUUUUUUUUUUUUUUAAACAAGUAUUUUGGACAUCUUGGGAAUUUAGGUAUCUAUGGUUUAGGUAUCUACGGUCAUGGGAGACAGUCUCAGUGGAGAUUUAUUGUUUAGACUCGUUUCUGAGCAUAUUUUAAAUUUAUUGUGUGAUUAUCUAUUGAUAGGUAUUUGAUAAGCGGAUUGACAGAUGUUAGAUAAGAAGAUUGUUCUUAAUUUAUGACAUAAAAUAAUCUCAACUAGUUCACUCGUAUCUCUCAGAAAUGUGCCAAUACCUCAGUAUGAAAACUGUAUACCCAAGUCUGUUUCUGUAAAUAAAUUAAAGGGACACAGUAGGCACAAUAAACACUUCAAGUGAUUGAAGUGGUUAUGGUGAAUACAGUGUUCCUUUAACUAUACCGAAGCCUAGAUAGGACACUAACUUCUAAUCUGUGGAAAUUUAAGCUCUAAUCGGUAACAAAAACAGAAUAAUUCUUCAAUUACAAUGUUGUCCAGUAAAGCUCAUUUGUCAGAAUCCAGACUGUUUUCUGCUAACCUAGACUUUAAUACUAUUGACAGGAGCUUAUAAUAUUGUCUACAUUUUUUCCUGGGCAAUUUGCACCAGUUCUACUAUAUCAAUUAAACAUAUUAGGUUUCCUAUAUGUAUAUCUUCCACCAAAAUAUAGUGGUGGAAGAUUUACAUAUAGACAGCAUUGUGGGAAAUGCUGGCAUGUUUUAGAAAGCAUUGUGGGAUAUACUGCUGGCAUGUUAUAAUAAUAUCCAUUUGAGUACAAACAUAAAUGGGAGCAAUAUUUCAGCUCCUUCAGAAGUUUAUAGCUCACCUGCUCUGGAGGGAUUGGAUAUUAUUAUAACAUGCCAGCACAUUCUACAAUGAGUGAUUUUUAUCAUAUCCCAUCAAUUUAGUAUGGACUUAGAUAUUAAAGGGAUUCUAUUAACAUUUAACUUCAUCUGUCUAGUUAAAAAGUGACUGUUUCUUUGAAACAGAUUAGAAUUUGCACAAACAAAGUACUUGCAGGGAUACCAGAUCUGAGCAUUUUUAAAGAAAUAAACAUGACCCCAAUGUUUAAUUUAAUCCUGAAUUAAAUGGCACUAUCGUAAAUAUACUGGCACCAAACACACAAACUCAGUUUCUGUGAUAGUUUCCCUUUAAGUAUUUUGCUUUAAAUACCCUAAACAUUUAAAUAUAACCUGAGAUAUAAUUAAAUAACUAUAUAUAAUUUUUAACAGUCAAUGCAUUUGGAAUCCAGCACUCAAAUGACUUGAGAGGGGUGAGCACCAUCAUGGAACUGUUCUGCAAUCUGGGCUUUAUCUAUGAUAUAAUAUAUUGAUUUAUCUGCUCAGCAUUGGUGCCAGUCUGUCCUGUUCAGGAUAUAUUACAAUACUGGAAGUUGAGUACAAACAUAAAUGGGAGCAAUAUUUCAGCUCCUUCAGAAGUUUAUAGCUCACCUGUUCUAGAGGGAUUGCCAGGUAAUCAUAUCUAAUUGUCACUGGAGUAGACUUUGGUAAAGUCUUCUUUGGAACACAAAGACUUUGUAUAGUGACUUUCUUGCACAGGUAAAAUUUUAUGGGGCAUAUCGACAGAGGAGCAGGAUUCUGAGCAUCUAAUGCCCGCGCAUUUCACACAGCCUCCUGUUUUUCACGUCCACGAGCAAGAACUUGCAUGCAAGCUCAGAAACCCUCAUAUCGCCAGUCACCAAGGCUGUAUGCAAAGGAAAUGCAUAAAACAAAAUACAAAUGUAAUUAAGACAUUUUUCAAUAAAAGUGUUUACAUCUAUGUCAUGUUUGAAUAAUAAUACUUACUUGAUCACUACAAUUGUUAAUGUAUUGCAAUUAAAAGGUG